AUGUUGACCCCAGGUAUGGUCCCUGUCCUGCCAAAGUUGCUGGAGCAGGGCACGCCCGAACAACGAGCAGAUCGCGACUAUGUUCUCAAGGCCCUGAAGCUCCGUGGCCCCGAGCUGCGGCACGCAGCCGUGGACUUGCGCAAGGACAAGGAGGUGGUCCUGCAGGCGGUGAAGCAGGAUUGGAUAUCCCUUGACUAUGUCCCUGAAGAGUUGCUGAAGGAUCGGGACGUCAUCAUGGCUGGUUUGCAACAAGAUUGGGAGGCCAUCACUUACGCCUCCAAAGAACUCCUCCAUGAGGAAGAGGUGGUGGUUGCUGCUCUCAGUGCAUCCAUCAUGGCACUGCAAUCCAUCCCAGAGGAGAUGUGGCAAGGCUCUUCAGCUCGAAGUGCUAUGCUUGACUCACUGCGCAGAAACCCUGAGCCAUUGAGACAUUGCCCAAAGGCCAUUCACGCAGAUCGUCAGGUCAUGCUGGAGGCUUUGCGUCUUCGACCAAAGUUCCUGGAAUUUUUGGCGCCUGAGCUGGUGGCUGAUCGGGACUUCAUUCUGGCUGCAGUGAAAGGCAACUGGGAAAUCUUGGAGUUUUUGCCCGCGCACUUCACCAACGACCGAGAGGUCAUUGUGGCUGGAGUCUCCCAGAGCAACUCUGCCCUGCGCUUGGCAAGUGAGGAGCUCCGAGGAGAUCGAGAGUUGGUACUGAGCUGUGUGCAAAAGGGUUUUGGCGCUUUGCGCUAUGCAGCCCCGAAGCUUUUGUCAGAUCGUGAGAUCGUGGCCGCUGCGGUGCAGCAAGACGUGCAUUGCCUCCGACAAGCGGACAAGAGCUUGCAGGAUGACAAGGAGCUCAUCCUGAGCGCAGUGAGAGCCAAUGGCAGCGCUCUGCAGUAUGCAUCCCAGAGGCUGCGGAAUGACCAAGAAGUCGUGCUUGAAGCAGUCGGCCAGUCAAGGCACGCCCUGGACUUUGCCUCUGAAGCUCUGCGUGGUGAGCGCCAGGUGGUGCUGAAGGCGGUGAGAGAAAACAAAGGAGCCAUGGCCUAUGCCUCCAAGGACCUACGUUCAGACGUGGAAGUUCUGCGAGCAGCACGAGGGGCAGAGGCUCAAGAGAACAAACGUUGGAUCAGUUCCCGUUGGUGGGGACAGUGA